AACGGAACGCAGGUAAGGUAUAAAAUUGAAAAAAACUGUUCAGAACACCAUCAGUAAUAACCGUGUCGGUAGACUGAAAAGGGUUGUUCAAAUAUUAAAAAUUAAUGGUGUCAACGAAGUAGUUCAAAAUAUUUGUUUCAGGAGUUUUAUUUUUCAUGCAGCAAAGUUAUAAUUUGCGAUCACUUUUACGAAGUAUCGCCGCGAAAAAGCGUUAUUCAACAUGCUUCAGGUUUUGUUUAGAGUAAUGCCGGUCAACGAGACUAACUACAUGUGCGAGCUAAUAUAUUUUUGUAUGUCAUGAAUUAGAAGAAUUCUAUGAAACAGUGUAAUAGUACCAGAUUAAAUCUGUAAGGGCGAAAUAUAAAGUGAUGUGCCACAAAACAUAGUCGUCAUUACAAAUCCGAUCAACUUGAUUCGAUAAAAAAAAAUAAAUAUGAGGUAAUUUUAUUAUAUAAUUUUUCUGAAUUGUAGAUUUUGAGCCUUCACUAAAAAUGUAAAGAGCCAUUAUGGAAGGGCCAAAAACUCGCUGCAAGAGCUAUAUUUUAUAUAUCGGUUAACUUUUUAUAUUGACGUUGAUUUCACGGUGUAUGGUGACUAUUUUUAUGCGAAAAUUGUUUCAAUCGCUGCGAACUAUUGAUAUUAAUCGAAAACCACAUUUGAAAUCGUGCUUACGAUCGCAAAUAGCUUAAGAUUGAUCGUUGUUAAAAUAGCGCAACAACGAUGUAAAAAACUUUCCAAGCUGUAGUUUCGGUCAAUUAAAUAUCGUUUCCCAAAAUACAUUACAAAAUUACUCUUUCCACUAAAUGUCUCCAAUCAAAUUUUGAUGAUCCAGGUUUGGCUCGCGAGUAUAUAUAAUAAAUUAUUCCCUGGAAACCCAAUCAUUGAUAAGGUAUUGUUCUACUAUUAGACAAUAGCAAAAAUUAAACGUACGACAGUUUCUUGAAGUUUUGCGACAAGUAAUCAAGGUUUAUAGACUAAUCAAACGGGAUUCCGAUUGUUCAAAUUCCGAAAAUCGUAUAAACGUUGCAAUUUUCACAAGAGUAUUGUUUCGAAAAUAAUAGGCGUCGAUUGGUUUAAUCAGUGGUCAUGAUAAAGACUUUAAUCCUAAUUACAUUGUAUAUAUAUAUUCUACUUUCAAGCAUAGUUACGAUAUCUAAUUAUUUGUGGAAGUAAUACAGGAAGACAAAUUGUCGAUUACCGCAGUCAGUAUUUGUUGGUAAAAUGACUCCCGACUCUCAGCCAGGACCUGUCAAUCUCGAACAUCACAAGAAAAAACAAUCACCAGGCAUUCCAAGAAGUCCUAACUGGAGUCUGAACGAAAUUCGCAUUCUCUGUUCCUAUGUAAAAGUGAACUAUGUAAGGAUACUAGGUUCUCAUAACGACGGACCUGGAAAAAACGCUAAGAGGCAAAGACACUGGGAAAAAGUUACUGAAAUGAUAAACGAACAGUCGGGACAAACAAGGGUAUGGAAACAAGUUCGCAAGAAAUGGGUUGAUCUUACGUACAUGGUAAAGUCAUAUAAAAGAAUGAAUAAGGACCAAGAAGGCGAAGUUGAAAAAAAUGUGGACGAUGAAAAUAUGACUCCUGUCAUAAAAGAAGUGUUAUCUGCAAUGAAUGCACAUAAUUCAUUUCAAUCUAGUUCGUCAAAUGAAGAAGAAAAUAAUGAAGAUUUGACCGUUCGCCAAACUCCACCACCUCUCACAUACGAUUGUGGAAGUGAUUCGAACGACGGCGAUGACGAUGACAACGAAGAGGCUUUGAACACUCCACCACUUCGCACAACUCAAAAGAAUCUCAAAUCAAACUCAUCCAAUGGUGACGCUACUGGUAAAAUACGGAAGAAAGUGAGAAUGAAAGUACACAGAACAUAUCGGAUGCCAGCCAAAAGAUUGGAAAUUGUAAGAAAAGAUAAGAAGAAACCGAGGCAUGAUCCUAUUGAAAUUAUCCCAACAAAGUCUCCAAAUAAAAGGAUUCGCUACCGAGGUCCUCAUCGUAGGUUUAAUCCGUAUACCAAUAUCGACCUCAAUUGCUGGAAUCAAAAAUUAGAUCAAUCUAGGGAACAUAUCACGGAAAACUCAAGUUCGUCAGAAAAAAGAUCCAAUGAAAGAAUUUCAACACUGUACGACACAAACCAUGAUUUUAGAAAAGAGUUGAUUGAAAUGAAAAAGGAGAAAAUUCUCACUGAGAGAGCAAAACUCUCAGUUAUGCAAGAUAGACUAGCUAUUAGCCGAGAACAAUUGAAGUUGAACAAAAAUAUUUUAUUUUGUUUACAAAAAAUAUCUCAUAGUCUUGAUACCGGCUAUGGCAUGAACAACAAUAACUUGCAUGAAAGAAGAUAUCGCCUAAAUCGGGAGGAAAAUGAUAUUAACUCAUACUGGAUGAUGAGAAAUAUGAAGAAUUUGUGAAUUUUCAGAAUCUACCAACGUUCCAUUUGUAAAGUUAUUUUUGUUUUAAUUUAGUUUUUACGAUUUCAUUGAAACACGAACUAAGCCAUUAUGACGUUA